AUGGCAACUCCGUUACAAACUGGUAGUUGUUUCAGCAGAGGAACAGACCUCCAAAAUCCUCAAAAGCAGUUUCGUCGUCCAUGUGAUGUUACUGUAGUGGUUAAGGAUGGCAAAGAAUUUGAUACGCAUGGACAUGUUCUCUCAGAGGCAAGUCCUUUCUUCGAGAAGCUUCUCGGCAGCGAAAUGAGAGAACGCAAGGAGCGAAAAAUUCGACUAGAAAUGUUGACAGAGCAAAUUUGGGGUAAAAUACUGAGUUUUAUUUACUCCGGCACUGUUCAGAUACAUAAUGAACAGGAUGCUCGGGACCUCAUCUCAAUGGCUGAUUACUUUCUAAUCAAGCAGUUAAAAAAUAUCGCCGGGGAGUUCUUGGCUCAGAAUCUGGAAACGUCAAAUUGUAUUUCGACUUAUCAUUUUGCAGAGAAAUAUCGAUGCGAAGAACUUCUUGUCGACACAAAGAGAUUCAUUCUUCGAAAUUUUAGCACUAUCGCAACCACGGAAGACUUCUCUAACAUGUCGAGCAAAGAAGUGGAAAUGUGGAUUUCAAGUGACGAGACGAAUAUACAAGCCGAAGAGGACGUUUUUAAAGUCAUUCUAAGAUGGAUUAUGCGAAACAGAAAAGAGCGAAAACAGUAUUUUUAUGAGUUAUUUCGUCACGUCAGACUCGCUUACGUAUCAGUUACCUACCUCCGGAAAGUCAUUGCGACAAGUAAUCUCGUAAGAGACAACAGAAAAUGUUUGCGACUCGUUAAAGAUGCUAUCAAGAAAUCAAAGAAAUCACAUAGACCCUCAGAAUGGCCUAGAAAGUCACUAGAAACUCCUCUUAUAACAGUCUGCGUAGAUAAAAGAAUCUUCAGCUAUUUCCCGAGACAGGAUAAAUGGUCUAGAUUAGGAGAAAGCAAACCACCAUGUUCCAUCAUAUUCUCUUCCCGUGGCCAGCUCUAUUUUGUUAAUCAAGUAUACCAUAAGCUACUGCGGUACGAUUCGUUCUCUCACCGUUGGACAACGCUGCCGUACAACGAAAAGAAAAGUAUGCGGCAAGUUUAUAUUAGCAGUAAGGAUGAAAUUUUCGCCUUGAUGAUCGAUGACAGAAUAUCGUGUCUCGGUUGCAUUUCUCUGCGUUCAUCUCGCGCAUUAGAGAGCACCGAACACGAAGAGAUUCAACACCCUCCGCGUUGCGGAAAGAGUCAUCUUUCUUCUGUAAUGAGGUACAGACCCGAAACAAACCUAUGGCAAGAGACAUCUUCAUUUGAUUUGGGUUCGAGAGAUGGAAUUUGCUUCGUUGCCAGUGAAAAGUUUGUUUACCUUAUAGGCGGUUACAUUCGAGGAGCUAACAAGAUUCUGACUGAUGUGGACAGAUUCGAUUUCGCCAGGAACUCGUGGAGUAAGGCAGCUGACAUGUUGGAGCCAAGACACUGCCCUUAUGGGGCUGCUCUGCACGGGAAAGUUUACAUCACCGACAAUGGCAGCUACGACUUGGAGAACUUUACGUUCAAAAGGACGUGUGAGGUCUACAGCGAGGCAACGGAUGAAUGGCAUUUCGUUGCAAACAUGAGAAUACCACGGUCCCGGCAUGGCAGUAUGCUGUGCGUUGAUGAGAAGAUUUGUGUCUUGGACGAUUAUUUUAAGAGCAUGAGUUACCUGGGAAUUAAAAUUCACUGCUACGACCCUGACAAAGAUGAAUGGCAAGAGCAAACAGAUCAUAAAAUACCAGUAAAGAGAGGUUACUCAGUUGGACCCACAACUCAUUAUUCCCUUCACACUUGCGCUACGAGUAUUUUUCAGCCGGGACAACGCCUUGCAAGCGAAUCUUCCACGACCACUUUUGACAAAUGCAAGUGUCUGAUUAUGUAG